UAGUUCCCUCACAGUCGGAAUCUUCAAGGAUGAAGUUCGGGAAGAGCCUGAGCAACCAGAUUGAGGAGACCUUGCCGGAAUGGCGAGACAAGUUUCUGUCGUACAAGGAGUUGAAGAAGAAGUUGAAGCUCAUUGAGCCGAAUAAGAGCGGCGGCGAGAGGCCGACCAAGCGCCCGAGACUCGACGCCUCUUCCUCCGGAGACGCCGCCAUCGCCGCCGGCGACAAGGAAGGGAUGUCGCGGGAGGAGAUCGAUUUCAUUCGGUUGUUGGAGGACGAGCUCGAGAAAUUCAAUUCCUUCUUCGUCGAAAAGGAGGAAGAGUAUAUCAUCAGAUUGAAGGAGUUGCAAGACAGGGUGGCAAAGGCAAAGGAUUACAGUGAAGAGAUGUUUAAGAUUCGCAAGGAGAUUGUGGACUUCCACGGGGAGAUGGUUUUGUUAGAGAAUUACAGCGCUCUUAACUAUACUGGGCUGGCAAAGAUACUUAAGAAGUAUGACAAGAGAACUGGCGCACUCAUUCGCUUGCCCUUCAUACAAAAGGUCCUGCAACAGCCUUUCUUCACCACUGACUUGCUCUACAAGCUCGUGAAGGAGUGCGAGGCAAUGCUGGACCGGCUCUUCCCCACGACUGAACUGCCAGCUUCCACUGAGGAAACUGCCACCACCUCCACUGCCGAUGAAGGGUGUUAUCCCACGACGUCAGCUGCCACAAAGAAUGAUGGCUCUGUCAUAGUCCCCAAAGAACUUGCAGAGAUAGAGUAUAUGGAGAGCUUGCAUAUGAAGAGCACCAUAUCUGCAUUGCGGGUUUUGAAGGAAAUUAGAAGCGGAAGCUCAACCGUGAGUGUCUUUUCGUUGCCGCCUCUACAAUUAGGCGGUCCAGAGAAUACCUGGAAAAAAGUCCCAGUUCUGGAACAAGCAGCCAAGUAGUUUGGUUUCUUAACUUUACAAGACGGGAAAUAGAACAAGCAUAUGCCCUUUUGUUUACCUUUAUACAUUUUAAUUAUUAUCCUAUUACAUGCAUCUACUUGUGCAUGCCUUUAGAUACUAACACAGAUGAAAAACGCAAAACUUUAGAUGGAGUGAAUUAGUGGAAUCAUAGCUUUUGUA